UCCUCCUCGCCGCCCCGGGCCGCACCGACCCACAGUGGAUCGAUGACACGCUUUCCGACCUGCGAAUGGUGUCGGCCUCGGACGAGCUGCUGGAACGUGCGGAGAAUGAGAGCGGCGUCUCUAGCGUUCCGGCCGCGGAUGGUGUAGCGGCAGCCGGGUCGGCGGGUGGAGGCGAUGCUGGUCCUCCAUCAGAUUCCACUCCUCGGCGUGGUGACAGCGUUCUCGCGGAUGGCGCACAAUAUAUUGCCGCCACGGUCUCCCGGAUUAUCGGAGAAUUUUCAACCAAGUGCGCGCUGACGACGAACCUCCCCCGAUUGGUUGUGACCGACAAUUCGGAUGGCGCGCAGGACAGAGCCAAGCGACAGAGGAUGUAGGCAGGAGCUAGGUGAAAUCAAUUUAAAGAUGUGUUUGUAAAUUACAGCGGUCUGCUCUUUUCAUGUGAUUUUAUUCGUUCCGUCUUCCGCUUCGCUCUUGUUCUGUGG